AUGCUCUCACGUGUUUUUGCUGUCAAGGCACCCAAUAAACACAACCGUCGCGGCGUGACCGCAUCCAGCGGAAGGAGGAGGAAAGGAAGAGAGAGUGAGCAUCGGAGGCCCAACAUGUCCCGGCGUGUGUUUACUUCCGCUGUGCUGCUCCUAUUUGUCUUGUUGAUGUGCUGCAGUGGAGUUACGGCCGCUCAGGUGGGAAGUACUGCUGAUGCUUCAACUUCUGGGUCGGCAUUGACGGAUGCCAUUGCUGGAGAGGGGAGUGCUUCAGGGGGUGUUGAGGAGCUGCAACGGGUCGAUCUGUUUGUACCGCGGACGACGCAGGUGCUGCCGAAGAAGGGGACUACUGGCUCAAGUUGGAGGGAUUCAUUUGUUUCACCCUCUCUCGUCAGUGCUGGUGGAGUAAUUGCUGCUUUUGCCGAAGGUCACAUAAAUGCCAAAAAAAAACAUACCGAAUCAACUAAGCCGUCUUUUGAUGUUGUUGCGGAGUACAUCGACUCUGCGUGGGAGUGGCCCACUCUUGUUGAAAAGGUCAAAAAGGAAGAGUGGAGUGCACACACUGUGCUUGGUGCAUCGGAGGGAAAGGGGAGCUUGGAUGUUGUGUACCGCCCCACAACAACCAAGAAGGGCAAUAAGGUGUUUCUUCUUGUGGGAAGCUCCAAUUUGUCCUACGUAAAUGGUAAGGAGUGGAAACGGGGCAGCUUGGAGCUGAAACUGGUUGUUGGUGAGGUCACGAAUCCCACGGGCAGCGAGCAGAAUAAACGGAUCAAAUGGGGCGAAAUCAAGUCUCCGUUGAACCAGACUACUUUGGCUGCUCACAAAGGUGAAUUGAAGGAGUUUGUUGCUUCUGGUGGCUCAGGUGUUCUGAUGGAGGACGGUACGCUUGUGUUUCCACUGAUGGCGAAGAGCGGAAAUGGUGACGUUUACUCCAUGAUCAUUUGUUCGACGAACAACGGCCGUACCUGGGCGCUUCCAGAGGAGACUUCUCAUCCGAAAUGCUUUAACCCCCGCAUCACCGAAUGGGAUGGAUCACUUCUCAUGAUUGUUGACUGCGAGAAUGGCCAGAGGGUGUACGAGUCGCGUGACAUGGGGACAAAGUGGACGGAGGCCAUCGGGACGCUUCCAGGCGUGUGGACCAAGUCACAAUCGGAAGACUAUCCGGACGGAGGCUUGCAUGUGGAUGCCCUCAUCACCGCAACCAUUGAGGGAAGGAAGGUCAUGCUGUACACUCAGCGAGGGAACUUCUCGGGGAAGAAUAAGGCCAAUCCGCUCUACCUUUUGGUGACGGACAACAACCGCACGUUUUGUGUUGGACCGGUUGCCGUGGAGGAGGCUGCUGUGAGGUGGGAGUUUGCGAGCAACCUGCUGUACUCGGAUGGCAAUCUGCAUCUUUUACAACGGAGGGGCGAUUAUGAAAGCAGUGUCAUUUCACUCUCUCGCCUGACGGAGGAGCUGAGUACAAUCAAGUCCGUCCUCAGUACUUGGUCGCAAACGGACGCCUUCUUCUCCAGCUUUUCUAUACCCACGGCGGGUCUGGUGGCAGUUUUGUCCGAUACGGCCAGCAAUGGCACGUGGAUCGACGAGUACCUUUGCCUGAAUGCGGCGGUGACAAACGCCACGAAGGUAAAGGAUGGAUUUCAAUUGACGGAGUCCAACUCCGGGGUACUAUGGUUUGUGAACACUCGGGAUGAUAAUGUGCGCCAUGUAUCAUUGAGCCACAACUUCACACUUGUGGCGUCGGUGACCAUCGAAGAUGUUCCGAGUAAUAACACUCCUCUACUGGGUGCGAUGUUGGCGAACACUAAUUCCACGCAUACCAUGGGAAUCUUGUAUACCGCG